AUGAAGCCCCAAAAGUAUUACACUGUGGGGGUCAGCAACAAGUUUGCGGCGUUCGGCGCGGACAGCGACGCUUCUUCAGAUGAAGGAGAAGUAAUUCUUGCUGCUCCUCCUCCACCUACAGAGCAGCAGCAGCAGCAGGGCACCGUAGCUGCUGCGAAGAAAAAAACACCGCAGCAGCAGCAGCAGCAGACUUCCCCACAACGGGGAGGUUUUGGGGGGGAGAGUCGUGGCGGGGGUUUCAGGGGCUACCGGCAGCGGUCGCUGCCUGACGGUGGCGAUGAGUUGAUAACACCGCAGGAGGGAGAAGGCCCAGUGCAGAGGCGCCGUGGGGGCGGCGGAGGGUUCAGGGGACGGGCCCGUGGGGCAGCAGGGGCCCCUGGGGGCCCCCCGAUGCAGCGGCGGGACGGCACGGGUAGGGGGCGCGAAGUGAAGAAGCACGGAGCAGGUAACCACAACUGGGGCCAGGAAGAAGCAGAGAACCACCCUGUUAAGACGGACGCGCUGCUUGAGGAGGAUGCUGCAGCGAAGGAGGUGGAGCCCGAGGUCGCUGGAGAGACACCAGAAGAGAGAACUGGUGAGGAAGGAGGGGAGGAGCAGAGCCCUGCAGCCCCGGAGGAGGAGGCGAUUGAUCUGGAGACGUACAAGCGCAUGCAAGAGGAAAAACGAGCUAACCUGCCUUCGUUUGUUUCUGCUGAUGGGGCCCCCAAGAAGAUUAACACCGACAAGGAGCUUGAGGCUCAGGGUUACGUGCGCGUAGUGAGGGAGGAGGACGAUGGGGCCCGCAGCAACGAGGAAGGCCAGGACAACAGAGAAGACAAACCUAAGAAGAAGUCCGUGAACUUAUAUGAGGCUAACAACAAAGAGCGGGUGUACAUAGUAAACCCCACGGUUCACGGGUGGAGGACAAUUCUUUUGACAGGGCACUACUGCUCGGAGGAAGAAGCAGCUCCCCCUCCCUUAGAAGCCUACUCCUCCUUUGAAGGCCCUGCUUUGCUGCAGUGUUUAUAA